GGACACCUUCGAGACCCAGGUCGCGUCAAUCUGCCAUAGGGGAUCGUCGGAGUUCCUGCCUUCACUUUCUGUCUACUAUUUCAGCUUAGCCAAUUCACGGUGAUGGAUUUAAAAGGUUCCCCUGCUCUCGAUGGGUAUCAAAUGCCUGCUGAGUGGGAAACCCAUUCACAGUGUUGGAUGGGCUGGCCGGAACGCCCAGAUAACUGGAGAGAUAAUGCAUUGCAUGCCCAACAUGUGUAUGCCAAGGUAGCAUCUGCAAUCUCAAUGUUUGAGCCUGUGACUGUCUGUGCAAGUGCUGCUCAGUGGGUCAAUGCACGAAAUCAGCUACCAGAAAACAUAAGAGUGGUUGAGAUGAGCAUGAAUGACUCUUGGUUUCGUGAUACUGGACCGACUUUCGUUGUAAGCAAGAGCAAAUCAAGUUCUGUUAUCUCACAGCAGAAUGUGGCUGGCAUUGAUUGGAAUUUUAACAGCUGGGGAGGUCCUAGUGAUGGUUGCUACCAAGACUGGAGUCUUGACCUCCUUGUUGCGAGAAAGAUUUUGGAGAAUGAGAGGCUUCCUAGAUUUCCAAACUCAAUUGUUCUUGAAGGUGGAAGCAUCCAUGUUGAUGGAGAAGGGACUUGCCUUACCACAGAGGAGUGCCUUCUGAAUAAAAACAGGAACCCGCAUUUAAGUAAGGAGCAAAUAGAGAAUGAACUUAAGGCUUAUCUUGGAGUCAGGAAGGUUAUUUGGUUGCCUCGUGGAUUAUAUGGUGAUGAUGAUACCAAUGGUCACAUCGAUAAUAUGUGCUGUUUCGUGAAGCCUGGUGUGGUUCUGUUAGCCUGGACUGAUGAUGAAAAUGAUCAUCAGCAGCAUGAACGAUCUGUUGAAGCCUUUUCUGUUCUUUCCGGUGCUACUGAUGCCAAUGGUAGGAAACUACAAAUAAUUAAACUCCAUGUUCCCGGGCCACUUUAUAUGACAGAUGAAGAGGCGGCUGGAGUAAUUCAGGAUGGUGAGGCUAAACCAAGACUUCCGGGUACAAGACUUGCCGCCUCAUACGUGAACUUUUACAUUGCCAAUGGAGCAAUAAUCUUGCCACAGUUCGGUGACCCAAAGCGGGAUGAAGAAGCUGUUCGUGUCAUAUCUGAAGCCUUUCCAGAUUAUGAAGUUGUAAGAAUCGAAGGAGCAAGAGAGAUUGUUUUAGGGGGUGGAAACAUACAUUGUAUUACCCAACAACAACCUGCCAUUAUCCCGCAUGGAACAGCGAAAGACGACUGAUCCUUAUGAACAUGGGCACAGAUGUAUUAGUACCCAAUAUUGAGAUUAGCUGAACAAUUAACUUGCACGGUUUUAUUUAUCACUUCUCUGACUUCUGGUUUUCCGGAUCGUUUAAGGUUGUAUGUUAUUGUAGAUGGUGCAGAGGAAAAUGGGUGUAGACACUGCCUCCAGAGGUUUUCCGUGUAGGUUGUAUGUUGUUUUAGAUGGUGCUAUGAAUCGUACCACUCAGUAGAAAUGUACGAAUUGACGUGCCAAAAUGUUGAAUGGAAUUAAUAAUAGUUGUCGAUA